AAAAUGAAGAGUCAUUUGAGAUGCUCUUAUACCUAUUUUAGCCUCGCAGAAGCCUUGUAGUUAUAGAGUAGAGAAACAGGGAAAAGGAAAAAGAAAAAAACCCUAAAAAAGAUAUGGAGAAAAAGGAAAAAAAACCACAAGCCCAAUCAGCCCAACACGUUAAACCUAACUGCCUCUCCUGUCUCCCAGUCUCUCGCCGCUCGCCUCUCAGCCGCCGCGUGCCUCCCAGUCUCCCGCCCUCGCCUCUCUCUUCCUCUCCUCUCUCCCUGCGCGCCGCCGCCGUGCCUCGCCUUGCCCAGAGACUAAGGCGCCAGGAUAGUAUAAAUUUAGUUCACGUGAUUGUGGACUUCUCGCCUUUUGGAUUCAACAUUUUCUGCUUCUCAGCUCUGGAAUACAGAAGUGCCAUUGUGGGCUCAAGAGGAUAAUGUACGGGAGGCGUGCAUCGCAGCUGCUGAAGGAGAUCGACUCCUCUGAGGCUGGCCAGCUCGUGCCAUUCAACAGUGACGUGUUUGAUCAAGUGAUUAGAGAGUGCAAUGAGCACAACUCACAAUUUCAAUCGUUGAUCAGGUACAACCGAGCAGAAGUUAUCCAGAGUUUUAGAUGGAAAAUUGGCCCUGUGCUUCCUCAUGACAUACAAGAAAAGCUCCAUUUCUCAGAAAAGGAGUACUUCAAGAACCACUCUGCAGCCAUUAAAUCAUACAUAUCAGAGAUGGAUAUAGAUUUGACAGUGGACAUGGUUCCUCCCAAGGAUCCUUACAUUCAGGUUCGGGUGCUGGAGGACAUUGGUGAAGUAUCGCUCGGUGACCAUUCUGUGUCAUUGACCAAGAACUCACUCCAUUUCCUAAGGCGCACAGACGCUGAACAGUUUAUAUCACAGGGUCUUAUGGAAGAAUUUCUGGAGUAGGGAUCACAUGUAUGAAUGUAUGAUGGUACAAUAGGAUGGUGCACUGCCCUCGUUCUCCCCAGCGAUGCUGCCUGAUGCCCUAUUUGCAACAAUGAAAAGACGCGUUCUGUACCAAGGAGCUUCUUAACUAGUCGCUGGACGAUGAUUUCGAAAGUUGUGCAGGCAGUCCUAUACUAGAUUCAUUGCCUCUAUUUACAUGUGGAUGACUUUUAGUUAGUGUGCCAUCCAAGAAAGCAGAUGUUGCAAACAUUGUAACUUGUGUAUUAACAUUGGUUUUGCUGGUAGAUUUCAUAUUUGUGUUUCCAAGAUUCCAUGUAAUCAAGAAAAAAAAUGAAAUCUUGGUUGAAACAGUCUUUCACAGUGAGGAGUUAGUUUCAUUUUAUAGCUAACAUGCAAGAGACAAUAUGUCUAGUUAACAUUUCA